AUGAUAUUUUGUUACAAAAACUUUUCUCUAUUGCGAAAAGAAUUUAUACAGUCUAAUAAGAAAAUUAGCAAAAAUAAUUUUACAUCUUCUUUAGAAAGAGGAAAAGGAAAAAAAAUUAUUAAAAAGAGUAUUAGAAAUAAGUUUAUACAUCUAAAGUUGAGUGAAGUGCUCUUUGUUCUUCUGUUUUUUAUACUACAAAACAAACAUAUAUACGAAAGUUGUGUAUGCACCAAAUUAGAAGGAAAUAAAAGAGGCUCAAGGAAAUUAUCAAAUUGUAUAAGGAAAAUAAAUCGGCUAUGUACAAGAAUUAAGGAGGAUGUAAAACAUAAAGGAAUAUUCAAAUAUCUUGAAUCAAAAAAUAUUAAAGGUGAUGAUAAUGAAAAGGACAAGAUAUGUACUCCUAUGGAUAGUAAAAAGAUAAACGAAAAUGGUAGUAAAAUAUUUAAAACGAAUAAAUCGACAAGUAAUUUAAAAAGAAUUCCAUUCGGUUAUAGAGGUUCUGACGAAGCUGAGAAGUUAACAGAAGAAGAAAUUGGAGAAAAAAUAAAUAAUUUAGGAGAUUUGGUAAGUGUUAAGGAAAUGUAUACUAUAUGGAAUUAUGUACAUAACAAUGAAAAAAAAGUGUAUAUCAAAAUGCAGCAGGCUAUUAGAACGUAUUGUGAAUAUUUAGCAUCUAUAUAUGGUGUACCAAAUAAAAUGAAAAAUGAAGAAUAUAUGAAAGCCUGCAAAAAGAUGACUUACAAAUUUUUGGAAAAAGAAAAAAAGCUUCGCAAGAAUUUUUAUGAUCUCCUUAAAAACGGAGCAGUUGAUCGUGCGAAAUUUAUUAGUUUUAUUUUUGAAACAAAAAAAAUAUGGUGUAUAAAUAGGAAUAAAAUGAAGAAUUUUUGGAAUAUUAUGUUAACUAAAAAGUCAAAGCGAUUUUGGAAUGAUAUUACGCAGUUCAGGAAGGUACGUGCAGGAAUGUGA